AUGACUCCCUGUCGAUUACCCCCACCAGUCGAUAUCGCCGACUCGCCAAACACCGUUGAAGUCUACAUCAUAGACACAACGAGCUUCAUGAGCGGGUUCCCCGCCUCAACCUUUGUGGAACCUCUCGUACCUGGGUUCGACACAAUCAACGUCGGAUCAUACUCCUUCCUCAUCAAACACCCUGGCUCCAACACGAAAUAUGAUACUAUGGUAUUUGACCUCGGCGUGCGAAAGGACUGGGAGAGUCUCCCAGAGACUUUUGUCGCUGGUAUUAAGUCAAGUGGAUGCAAGAUUGAGGUGCAAACAGACGUCGCCUCAAUCCUACGCGAGAAUGGACAGAGUCUCGAUGACGUUGGGGCUAUUAUUUGGUCGCAUUGGCAUUUUGAUCAUGCUGGUGACCCACAAACCUUUCCAAUGAGAACGGAUCUUAUUGUUGGUCCAGGGUUCAAGAAGAAUAUGAUACCAGGUUACCCCACUGUGAGAGACUCGCAUGUCAAUGAAACAGCGUGGGAGGGUCGUGAGUUGAUAGAGAUCGACUUCAAAGGAGAAAGGGGUCUGAAAAUUGGCAAAUUUGAGGCUUAUGACUUCUACAGCGAUGGAAGCUUUUACCUCUUGAGCUCGCCAGGCCAUGCAGUCGGGCACAUGUCUGCUCUAGCUCGCACAACUACCGAUCCCCCUUCUUUCAUGCUUCUGGGCGGUGACAUCGCUCAUCACUGUGGCGAGUUCAGACCAUCGCCGUAUACCCCCCUACCCACGAUGAUCUCUCCAAACCCUCUCGGUCGAAAUCUCUCCGCUUGCCCCGGAAGGCUCUUCCUCAACAUCCACCCUUGGAAGGACCCAGAGAGACCAUUCUUUGACCCAACAACAGAGCCAGGAUGGCACCUAGAAGCGGUGGAGGCAAAGGAGAGUAUUGACAAGCUGAUCGAGGCAGAUGCCUACGAUAAUAUCUUUCCUGUCAUGGCUCAUGAUAUGACCCUGGGUGAGACGGUGGAGUUGUAUCCAAAGAAGGCUAAUGACUGGAUGGUGAGAGGUUGGAAGGAGGCGACGCGGUGGGGAUUCUGUGGAGAGUUUACGCCAAUGGAGGAGAUGGAUACUAAAGGACAGCCAGCGCAGAUUACGGGGUUUCAUGAGAUUCACGAGUCGACAGAGGCUGGUUCUCAGAAAGUGUCGAUUGUGCAUCUUGAGUAUAAGGGGGAGGAGAAGAAAGCGGAGCUCCACAAUCUACUACUAUGA